CUACAAACUAAGAGGACUAACUGCCGUCAGCAUCAUUAAAUGUUCACAGCUGAGGCUCGGAAAAAGUUCAACUCUAAUGGGACCCCUAACCAGCAAUGGACCCACUUGGGUUGACUGUUCUCGGAGAAUAGAUUCAGGUACGAAGAUGCCAAUCCAAAAUGAGGAAUUUCUUUCAGCUGAUUUGACACAUCUUACGAUUAACGAUAAUGAGUGUGCGAUCCAUCCGGAUCCUUUGCCGCCGGUCUUAUUUCCUUGACAAAGACUCCACCGAGAGAGAUCCGACGUGAUCAUUGUUGUGGAGCUGUCUUUCCAAAGACUUUUGAGUGUGCAUUGUCAUUGCUGCAAUCUGUGUACUUGGAUCUCUCCCUAAACGUAUUUUUUUAUACCUCAGUGUCUAUCGGCCACAGGUUUCCCAAGAUUGAGCAUUUAUGCCAUAUCGAUUGGGUCACUCUUGAGAUCUCUCAUGAAUCCCAAAUUACCAAAAGCAUUGGCGCACAUUCUGCUGCCAUGGGCAGUUCUCCUGUUCUUUCCAACUCAGGGUCACGACACCUCCUUUGAUGCCAACCUGUGGCCCGGUGCAUCAGAGAGCUGCAUCGCUGCAUUGAAUGCUCCCUUGGCUUGUCAUCCUCUGCUUCCCAAUCUUUAUGGCGGGUUUUACAAUCGCCUGAGCCUCCGCACUCUCCAAGGAAUCUGUACGGACCAGUGUUUUGCUUCCCUGCAGGAGCACCAGCAGAAUGUAUCACUGUCCUGUGGCUCGACAAAGUAUUACGAUGAGCCGGCCAACACAUAUUACCCUGCCGCAAUAUUUGAUAUUCAAUCCCUUCAUGCCUUCAACCAGACUUGCCUCAGAUCAAAUGGCGAAUUUUGCGAAACUUAUUUUCAGAACAAUACCAAUCAAAAUCUCUGCAACGAUUGUUACCUCCAGUCACUUCAAUUCCAGCUAAACUACGCCUUACAUGGGCAGGAUGAGGAUUUGGCCAGCAGCUUCGGGUCACUUACAAGUCAAUGCUCCUCAACCAAGUUCCCUACAACUUCUCCCACACCAAUCGGUUCAAGCAUAUCUGCUGCCGUUCCAAAACCCACUUGCACUGGAUUCAUCUAUCAACUUCAGCCGUCAGAUACCAUGUACUCUGUUUCGGAGGCGCAGCGAGUCUCUACGGACACAUUAUUGAACCGGAAUGCACUUGCUAAUGAUGAAUCAUCGUUUCCCACGGAAGGGUCUCUGUGUAUUGAAGAUCAAUGCGAUGUGCAUGUUGUACGAGUGGGUGAGACAUGUCGGAGUAUUACACACAAUGCUGGCAUCAGUCGGGCUCAAUUACUUUCGUGGAACGCUAAUAUCCAUCCAAAAUGCACCAACAUCAAAAUGCUUGUGAAUCAGACAUUGUGCAUCUCUAAUCCAUAUGGCAACUAUACAAUUGAACCAAAUAGAGAACGGCACAGCCACAAAACUCGGACACGAAAAUUUCAGCCGCCUCCUAUUUCACCGGUGCCAUUUAGAGAGAUUCCCUACUCAGAGUUCCUAAAAUAUAUCCCUACACCCACUAUGACAUUCGAGGCUCAGGGUGAGGGGUCCCGCUGCUCUGGAGUGGGCUAUGGAUGGUUGCUUGCCAAGCAAAAUGGUACUUGUGACCACUUACUCGCUGAUUCUGGCCUGAGCUUUGAACACUUCUACGAGUUAAAUCCUUCGGUUGGCAAUGAUUGCAGUGGCGUUGUUGCAGGAACACGAUAUUGCAUUACUUAUUUAAACAAUGGACCUAGUACUAUGCCGGCCGACCUCUACGGGACUGCCUCUGCCACGACUAACUUCCUCCUGCCGACAGUAAAUAAUUCACAGACAAUUCUCAAUUCAACAUACCAACCUAUCACCUUAAACGGCCGGCACGCUCAUCAUAAUCGUCAUCAUAGUCGUCAUCGUAGAACAAUCUAAUUUUUGGGAAUGGAUAAUCUCAUUAUUAGCGGCGAAAUAUUUAAAUAUAUCAUUAGCAGCUUUGGCUUCGUUUAUCUGUUGUUGUCAGAAAAGAGCUGGCAGAGUAGAGAGCGGGUACCAAGCAAGGAUUUUGAGUGCUGGCACAGUACUUGUAUUAAAUAGCCAACUUUCGAUUGCGAAAUGUGAAGCCACUGUAGCGAAGACUGGGACUCGGUACUCUCUAGCCAUCUUAUAGUGGUGUUCGUAAAGGCACGCCAGGUAUGCCUUUACCAGUACGGACC